GGUGUUAAAGGGGCAUGGCUGGUGGUUUUGCCGGCCGUUCACAAUUUCCGUUGUGGAUCGAUCAUUACUAUGAGACGAUUUGGUUGGAAAUAUAAAGUGCGAAGCUUUUCCUCCGAUGUUUACUUCUCAUGUUUGCAGUAACAAGUUGCUCUCAGGGUUGUCAAGUAGGAACAGCAUGGCUCAAUAUCAGAAUACCAAUCAAGGGAGAGAAAGGGAGACCUCACGUCUAGUCAGUAAGGACGUGGGGACGCACGAGCGUCAACGAGGAAAUCAUCUCCGAGAAAAUGAUUCAUCGCCGUCAUCAUCCAGCACCAUAAAAGAUGCAACAAUUGAUAAUGGCUCGGCGCAUUACGAGUUCGGUGGUCCCUGGGGCACGGGUGCAAUGACAGUAGGCUUCCCACUACUGAUGUACUACAUGUGGAUUGGCGCUACAUUUUAUGGCGGCUCGCUUCCGCUCCCCUCCGCAGAGCAGUCCCUGACCGACUUUAUCACCUCCCUCGCUCAACUGGUCUACAAAGAAGCAUUCCCGUCACUCUACGCCUGUAAGAUAUAUUGGAUAUUCAUCCUCUUCCAAGCCGUGUGCUACGUAUUCCUUCCUGGAGUGUGGAGUUAUGGCAAGCCGCUACAUCACCUUGGUGGCAAGAAGUUACGAUACUAUUGCAGCGGUUUGUGGUCCCUCUGGGUAUCCAUCAUCGUCGCGGGAGCGCUGCAUUACAGUGGAAUUUUCAAGCUCUACGAACUCUUAGACGAGUUUGGGCCGCUGAUGUCCGUUGCAAUCAUCUCUGGUUUUGAAAUUGCGAUCUUUGCGUAUGUCUUCGCGAUUGUACGAGGAGUUCAGCAUAGGAUGAGCGGCAAUUUCAUUUAUGAUUUUUUCAUGGGCGCUGAACUCAACCCGCGCAUCGGAAUUCUGGACCUCAAGAUGUUCUUCAUGAUACGACUGCCGUGGAACAUCCUGCUUGCACUUGCUUGUGCCACGGCCGCCAGGCAGUAUGAGCUUUAUGGUUAUGUUAGCGCGGAGGUGUGGUUCCUAAUCCUGGCGCAUUUUCUGUAUACCAAUGCGUGCGCAAAAGGGGAGGAGUGCACAACGACUACAUGGGAUAUAUACUACGAGAAAUGGGGCUUUAUGCUAAUCUUCUGGAACAUCGCAGGUGUGCCUCUCAGCUACUGUCAUGCUAUUCUCUACUGUGCCAAUCAUCUUUCUACCCUAACCGAAUGGGUCUACCCGUCUCUUCGGACGCCCUCACUUGCCUUUCUCUUCAUAUCUUACCUUUUUACGUACUGGGUCUGGGACACGAUUGGCAGCCAGAAGAACAACUUUCGUGCCCAGGAGCACGGAACCCUCACAGGCCGCAACGCAUUUCCGCAGCUGCCCUGGAAUACAAUCAAAAAUCCGAAAGUGAUCAAGACGGCAACGGGUGACAGUAUUCUCAUCGACGGCUGGUAUCGAUAUGGUCGUAAAAUCCACUACACUUGUGACAUCUACUUUGCAAUUGCGUGGGCGGUGGUAGCCGGCUUCGAGAGUCCUUUCCCCUGGUUCUAUCCGGUGUUCUUUACCUGUAUGAUUCUUCACCGUGCUCAUAGAGAUAUCCAACGUUGUAGGGCAAAGUACGGACGUAGCUGGGAAGAAUAUGAAAAGGCGGUCCCUUAUAUUUUCAUUCCGUACAUCUUUUGAGGUUGGUGCUGCGAAGUGUAGGAGUUGAUAUUGUGAGAAUAAAAAACACCAUGGUCAGAGAUGAGAUACUAUUCGGAGGAAAUUGAGCAAACAAGGGAUAGAAGAUGAAGAUAAAGGGAUCCUGCAAUUAUCAAGGGAAGCUUGUUAAGCAUGCAUACACUCAAAAUUGUAUAGAUGGCGGGUAAUUCAGUCAGGUCAUUAAGUUCAAACUCUUGAAAAACUUAUUCAGGUCACCAUGCUAGUCUUAUGGAGGGCGUUCGUUGAGAGAGUAGUUUCUUCCUUAUAUGUAAGUUUUGGGGGGCCGCAUUACUGAAAUAUUCAAAUUGGUUUCUCAUUUUCUUCGCUCCAUGGGUGCUUUCCAACUGACAACGACUUUCCAUGGGCAUGAUUUGGGUAGAAAUAUGGUAUUAUAUUUGCUAGAAGAACUUCGCUACGUUAUCGCUUGUUGUAUCGGAUCUUCA